GCCCACCUGUUCUCUCACUAGGGAAUAGCAAACCGCCUUAGCCCUCUGAUUUUUCGCUCUCUUUUUUUCCUCUCUCUAUCUAUCCCUCUCUCUCUCUAUCUUUCCUUCCUAAUUAAGCCGGAAGCCGAACGCAUCGUUUUCUCAGAAUCUUUCACUCCCACGAAUCCGAGUCUCUCAAUCUCCAAUCUCCAACAAACAAUUUAGUCUCUCCGGUGAAGAACAUACGUAUUAGUUUCACAAUCAGAAUCGCAAAUUCACGGUUUCGAGCUCUAAAUGGCCUGAGAUUUUCCAUUGAUCAGACUAAAGAUGAUGAUGGCGAUGCCAGUGUUGUUUGCACAGCAAGGAGGGGUGAACCAUUGCAUUGAUAUUAAAACACAGACGAGCACAGAUACCCCAACGGUUCGUUAUACAAGAAAGAGAAAAUCUGCAGAACUCAAUGAUAGUGUAAAACAUAUACUAGAAGGAGAAGAAGGAAAGAAAAAUGGAGGGUCAUCACCAAAGAACACCAAAACUUCAGUGAAAAAGAAAAGGUCGUGUAGAGAUAUUAAAUGUUCAUAUGGUAGAACCUCAGAGAAGCAUUGGAGUGCCUCAAACAAGAAAAGAACUGUAGAAGAUGAAUUUACUUCAGGAGAAAGGGAAAGUGAUGAAAAGAAAGUGGGGCCAUCAGACGGAAAAAUAAGCUCAGUUAAGAAGACAAUGUCAACUCAGGGAACUGAAAGAUCACAAAGCAUCAAACCUUCAGGAAAGCAUAACUAUCCCUCAAAUAAGUACAUAAUUCUUGAAGAUGAAUCCUCAAUGAGUGAAAAGGAUGAUAAUUAUGAGAAAAAAGAAGAGGAACUCAGGACAUCAUCUCCAAGAAUAAAAAGUUCAAUUAGAAAAAGAAGGGUGACUUCAUAUACCAAAUGCUCUCAUGGUAAAGGAGUUUCAAAGAAGCAUCAGGGUGUCUUAAGAAAGAGAAGACUUCUUGUUGGAUUUUCUUCUGAUGAAGAAGAGGAAUUUAAAGUCAAUAUUGCAGGUUCAUUAUCCAGUACUGGAAUAAAAAUUUCAACUGAAGAAAGCAAGGUAACACUAGAAGUCGAAGGCCCUGGUAAAAGAAUUUCAGAAAGACAACGUGCUGCCUCAAACAAGAGAAGUGUCUUUGAUAAUGAAUUUUAUUAUUGUGAGUGGGUAGAUGAUGAAGAAAAUAUGGAUGAAAUGGAAAUAGAGUCGAGGAGCAGAUGCAAAGGUUCAGAUGCUGUGAAGAUGAAAAGAAGUUUGGAGGACAACGGAGAGAAAAUUAAUGAAUAUAAGGAUCUGUCUUGCUAUCAAUCAUCUACUUCCUCCUCGAGUUCGAAUGCUGUGAAGAUGAAAAGAAUUUUGGAGGGCAAAGGAGAGAAAAUUAAUGGCUAUAAGGAUACAUCUUGCUAUCAUUCAUCUACUUCUUCCUCGAGUUCAAAUGCUUUGAAGAUGAAGGGAAGUUGCAAAGGAGAGAAAAUUAAUGACUAUAAGGAUCUGUCUUGCAAUCAUUCAUCUACUUCUUCCUCACCUUCCAAUUCUUGUCAAUUGGUUUCAGUUUCAAAAAGUGAUCACAGAUGCAUAAAGAAGAAUAUGAAGGAAAAUGGAGAAGAGUGCUUAAAGUGUCAUCAGUGCUGGAGAAAUGAUAGAAGAAUUGUUGUUCCUUGCACCAAGUGCAAAAAACUACUAUAUUGUAUCCAAUGUAUCAGGCAGUGGUAUCCUGACUUGUCAGAAGAAGAAAUUGCAGACUUUUGCCCAUUUUGCCGAGGAAUUUGCAAUUGCACCAUGUGCUUGCACUCAAGUGGCAUGCUUAAGAUGUCUAAAAGGGAUCUCACUGAUCGCGAAAAGCUUCAGCAUCUUCAGUAUUUAAUCAACUCGCUUCUUCCAUUUCUAAAACAAAUUCAUGAAGAACAAACUCUCGAAACAGAAAAGGAGUCUGAUAUUAAAGGGGUGGUGUCGUCUCGAAUUGAAAUAAAAAGGACCAUUUGCUGCGCUGAUGAGCGUAUCUAUUGCAAUCACUGUGCAACUUCAAUCACUGACCUCCAUCGAAGUUGCCCAAAUUGCUCUUAUGAGCUCUGUCUUAGUUGUUGCCGGGAGCUUCGCAAGGGAGACAUUUCAAGAGGUGGCAACAGAGUUGGUUUCAAAUAUUUGAAUAGAGGUUAUGAUUACAUGCAUGGAGGAGAUCCUCUACCAGAAUCUUGUCAUCAGGAAACUUCUGAAGAUCAUAAUGAGCUACUAACUGUAUGGGUUGCUGAAGGUAAUGGAAGUAUCACUUGCCCUCCAAAAGAAAUGGGUGGAUGUGGUAGUUGUGAUUUGGAGCUCAGGUGUAUACUUCCAGAGGGCUGGAUUUCAAAUUUGGAAGCAAAAGCAGAACACAUAUUAAGGAACUAUAAACAUGACCGAACAAUUUCCAGGCCCAAUUUUCGCAAAAAUGGCACUGGUAUGUUACUUAAAGCAGCUUCUAGAAAAGACUCUGCUGACAACUACUUGUAUUGGCCGACUUCCAAAGAUGUCUUAGAGGAGGAAGGGUUCUUGCGCUUCCAAAACCAUUGGGCCAAAGGUGAACCGGUGAUUGUUCAACAUGUUCUUGAGCAGACAUCUGGUUUAAGCUGGGAGCCGAUGGUGAUUUGGCGUGCAUUAUGUGAAAACUUGGAUUCAAGGAUCAGUUCAAAAAUGUCAGAAGUGAAGGCCAUUGACUGUCUAGCGGGUUGCGAGGUUGAGAUCAAUGCCCGUAGUUUUUUCAAAGGUUAUACAGACGGCAGAAGAUACGAUAAUUUCUGGCCUGAGAUGCUCAAGCUAAAGGACUGGCCACCAUCUGAUAAGUUUGAGGAUCUCUUGCCACGCCACGCUGAUGAGUUUAUUAGCGCAUUACCUUUCCAGGAAUACACAGAUCCUAGGUCUGGUUUUCUUAAUCUUGCUGUAAAGUUGCCUUCAGAUGUUCUUAAACCUGACUUGGGUCCAAAGACAUACAUUGCGUACGGUACUGCAGAAGAACUUGGAAGGGGGGAUUCUGUGACAAAGCUUCAUUGCGAUAUGUCAGAUGCGGUUAACAUUUUGACACACACUGCUGAAGUUGUGUUGGAUAAGGUGCAGCAUUCUGCAAUCAAAAUCCUGAAACAGAAACAUAGAGCACAAGAUGAAAGAGAACGCGUAGAUCGAGAGAAACUUGGUAGUGGCAUCAAUGAAAAAAGAGUAGAUGAGCACGAAAGACAUUUUACAUUUCCUUGUUCUUCACCAGAAGGUGCAAUUGAGGAAAUGGGUGAUGCACUAUGGGACAUUUUUCGAAGGGAAGACAUACCCAAGUUACAAGAAUAUCUUACAAAGCACUCAAGUGAAUUUCGACAUACCUUUUGUUGUCCAAUAGAACAGGUGGUUCAUCCAAUUCAUGACCAAUCCUUUUACCUGACUUUGGAUCACAAAAGGAAACUCAAGGAGGAAUUUGGAAUUGAACCAUGGACUUUUGAGCAACGACUUGGAGAGGCAGUGUUCAUUCCUGCUGGAUGUCCACAUCAAGUCAGAAAUUUGAAGUCAUGCACCAAAGUCGCAGUAGACUUUGUUUCCCCUGAAAAUGUACGAGAGUGCAUGAAAUUAACUGAAGAGUUCAGAAGGCUACCUAAAGACCACAAGGCCAGAGAAGACAAACUAGAGAUAAAGAAAAUGAUCAUUCAUGCAAUUGACAAAGCAGUUACAGAAAUUGAAGGCUCAUAUGCUCAUUGACGAUGCCUUUCUCAGAAUCUGCAACAAAUAAUUCACAUCAGUCUUGUAUUUUUGUUGUUUUACUACUGUGGUCCUUGGAUUUUUGUAAUUAAUGUAUAAAUGCCAGGGACAUUUUGGUAAAUCUAGAGCUAGCAUUGGUACUUGGGUCUGCCUAAGCCGUUGGCCGAUUGAGGAUACAUUUGGGAGAUUUAUAAAAUAUAAAUGAAAGAGCCUUUUUUCAGAA